UCUUUUUGAGUCAUCCAACUCAGUUCUUGUUAGUAUCAACUUCUUUGUAAUUCCGUCAAAAGUAAAAUGAAUUCAGCUUUUGCCUUCUUGUAGGAAAAUGUCAAUGCCCUCAGUCUACCUUUGUAUUGUUUUCGUUCUAAUCGAGCCUUUGUUUCAUACUCUUUUUCCUCACUAAAACUUCACCAUGAGCGACAAGGAGCCACCAAAGCGGCCGCCAGUGACCUCGACGACGCUCUUCCGGGUGCUCAAUCCAGAGCUCUUCCUGCGACCCAACAAAUACGUGAUGGCGUUCGGACUGGGUGCCCUGACGCUGAGCCUCGGCUUUGUCUGGUGGCAGUCGGAAGGACAGCUCGGGCCCAACUCGAGCGUUCAAGCUGGAUAUCCUCGCAUUUCGGAAUAUCUGCCAGAAACUGCACCGAACGAAAAGAACAAGAAGGCGUCGCGAUGGGACUAGGCUGUCACUGUGCAUUCGCUGCGUCACAAAAUAAUAUCUUAACAAAAGGGACUUGCUUGUACAAUGCUGCGGCAAGUCAUAACAAGUGCAUAUAUAUUCAACAAAAC